GACAGGACCAAUCAGGUUCUUAAGCUCUCGGAAAUAACGCCAGUUCAAAUCUUGGGCGCAGUGUUGGGUUCAGGACGUACGUAGCAGUAAAAAGCCAAAAAUGGCAACCAGUCUGUCCAGACUUCUGGUUGGACUUUCUGUCCAGAUAAGUCGCAGUGAUGGUCGAGUCCAUUUGGCCACAGUGAAAUCCGUCGAUUCUGUAAAGUCUACGGUUAUGGUGGAGUGGCAGGAGAGGGACAUAGGCAGAGGAAAGGAGGUUGAAUUGUCGGAGUUGUGUAUACUCAAUCCGGAGCUUUUGGAUCAUAUAAAUGCAGCCAAUAAUAAAGCUGCAGACCCACCCCCUCCUGUCCAAGACAAGAAGUAUGAAGGUCGGUUGCGCUCAUCCAGGAUACCAGCACCUGCCACGUCCUCUGCUCCAGCAGUUCAAACAGCUGAAGAAUCAGUCACACGGACUCAGGCUCGACAGACGUGUAUGUUCGAAGGCUCUGCGUCUGGUCUCGCACCAUUUACAUCCACAGAGUCCCCUCCGACAAACCCAGAGACCAUUCGUCCUGAUCUCGCCCCUUCGUCAGAACGCUCAAGCUCUGAAAAUCCUAAUCAACGGCGCAAAAAGAAUACUACCAAACCGGCCCUGACGCUACCAUUUGCUCGCGAGGCCAUGAAGGAAAAUAGCGAACCUGAGAAGAUGCCUCCUCCGCCGCCUCCAGCCAUAGGCAGAAGAAAGUCUGUGGCUCCACAGGAAUUAAACAAAGGCAACAAAAGACUGUCGUGUGUCGCAAAACCCCCUGACAUGCAGACCAAGAGGGGAAAGUUUGGAGAAGCUUCUCGACCAAAUCAGAAAUUCUACGAGAUGAUCCAAGAUUUCAGAGAGACCUUGGAAGUAACCCCCAUGUCAGCCAGUGACCUGAUUGAGCCUCGUAGGAUUUGUGUGUGCGUUCGGAAGCGGCCCCUUAACAAGCAAGAGGUUAAUAAGAAGGAGAUCGACGUGGUGUCUGUUCCUGGGAAAGGUGUGUUGCUGGUCCAUGAGCCAAAGCACAAAGUGGACCUCACCAAGUACUUGGACAAUCAGGUCUUCUACUUCGACUACUCCUUUGAUGAGACGAGCACCAAUGACAUGGUCUACAGGUUCACAGCGAAACCUUUGGUGCAGUCCAUUUUCGAAGGUUCUAUGGCAACGUGUUUUGCCUAUGGCCAAACGGGAAGUGGUAAAACUCAUACGAUGGGAGGUGACUUCACAGGGAAGCAGCAAAACAGCGCUAAAGGAAUCUAUGCCUUGGCAGCCCAGGAUGUUUUUACCUAUCUCAAUCACAGGAAGUAUGCUAAUCUGGAUCUCUCCGCUUACGUCAGCUUCUUUGAGAUCUACAAUGGCAAAGUGUAUGACCUGCUGAAUAAAAAAGCCAAGCUUCGUGUUCUGGAGGAUGACCGGCAGCAGGUUCAGGUGGUUGGCCUGGAGGAGGUCUGCGUGUCCUCCGCAGAAGAGGUCAUCAAGAUGAUCCAGAUGGGCAGCGCAUGCAGAACUUCAGGCCAGACCUCAGCCAACGCCAACUCAUCCCGCUCUCAUGCCGUCCUCCAGAUUGUGCUACGACGCAACAACCGUGCUACCACGCUGCACGGCAAAUUUUCACUGGUUGAUUUGGCUGGCAAUGAGCGGGGCACAGAUGUCAGCAGCAAUGACCGCAGCACUUUGGUGGAGACUGCAGAGAUCAACCGUAGCCUGCUGGCUCUCAAGGAGUGUAUCCGUUCACUGGGAAAGAACAGCGAUCACAUUCCUUUCCGGAUGAGCACUUUAACCAAAGUCCUGCGGGAUUCCUUCAUUGGAGAGAACUCCAAGACCUGCAUGAUUGCCAUGCUCUCUCCAGGCAUGGCUUCAUGUGAAUACACAAUGAAUACACUACGAUAUGCUGACAGAGUGAAGGAAUUGAAUGGCAGUUCCAAAACCAGUGGAGCACCUAAAGCACAGGAGCAACUCAGUAGCUCCUCAGAUGAGGAGUCUGUGGAUACCAGUGUGUAUGACACCAUAUCUCAGGUGGCUGAGCUGGAAGAGAACGUUUAUGCACAGCUAAAGAGGUCAGGUGAGCUGGCUAAUGCAAUGGACCAAACCUCGUACAACAUCGAGACAGGGCUUCCAGAGCUGCUGGAUCACUCGCGGAAGUUGCUGGACACAGUUCUGGCUUUGCAGGAGCGAAUGAUGAGGCUCGACCACUAAAACAAGCCCUAAAACCAAGUAGUAGGAGUUUGAAAGAGUUGUUGACUUUUAACACUUCAGAUUUUACCAUGUUUAUUACCCUGUUAAAUAAAAUGUAUCUGAACACCGUCUCAGGCAUCACUUUGAA